UUUCCUCUCACGCCCACUUCCAACCUAGGAGGCUUUUGGUUUCUGCUUUUGUUGUUUUUAAAAUUAAAAGUUAAACCCAGGAAGCUUUGGAUCAGACUUUUGCGUUGCAGUUCGGCACAUGGAUUAAUUGAUAUACAUUGAGUUUAUGGAGCUACCUUUUUGUGACCUGCUCUUCCUACAGUUUUUAAGAAGAAAAAGAAGCCCCUGAAUCAAAGAAGAUGCCUCGAACUAAACAGAUCCAUCCGAGAAAUCUAAGAGACAAAAUUGAAGAAGCACAAAAAGAACUUAAUGGGGCAGAAGUUUCAAAGAAAGAAAUCUUAGAGGCUGGUGUUAAAGGAACUUCAGAAUCCCUUAAAGGUGUGAAACGAAAAAAGAUUGUAGCUGAGAAUCACCUAAAAAAAAUACCGAAAUCCCCACUGAGAAAUCCUCUUCAGGCAAAACAUAAACAAAAUCCAGAAGAAUCAUCUUUUGCUGUGCUUCAGAGUGCUUCAGAAUCUCACAAGAAACAGAAUUAUAUUCCCAUAAAAAAUGGGAAGCAGUUUACCAAGCAAAAUGGAGAAGCACCUGGGAUAAUUGCUGAAGCCUCCAAAUCCGAAGAAUCUGUCUCUCCAAAGAAGCCCUCAUUUCUGCAGCAUCCGUCUGAACUGCGCAGGUGGAGAUCAGAAGGCGCUGACCCCGCCAAAAUCAGCGUCCUCGAUGGAAAAUGUGACUCGAGUUCUUUGUCAAGUAAAAGCAGGACUGACAAUAGUGAAUGUAUCUCUUCUCAUUGUAGUACUACAUCCCCCUCCUAUACAAAUACCGCAUUUGAUGUCUUACUGAAAGCAAUGGAGCCAGAACUGAGUACCUUGUCACAAAAGGGCUCAUCUUGUGCAAUUAAGGCAGAAAAACCGAGACCAAAUAGAACUGUACGAUCCCCUUCAAAAUUAAAAACCAGUUCAGUGGAUGCCCCAACUCAGAUUUUGCAGGAAUUUGUUGCUGAGUCCCAGUCUUCUCCUUGCACCUCCUACACGGUGCAUGUGUCUGCUACUCAGAGGAAUGGGCACGGGGCAGUGCAGCCGGUUUCUCAUUCGUAUAAUCAACAUGAAGACUUUGUUUCCACACCCAACCAAUAUAAUCAGCAACUUCCAGGGGGGUCAGGUUUCACAGGAUCACUGACGAAUCUGCAAAAUCAAGAGGGCUCCAAACUUGAACAAGUGUAUAAUAUAGCAGUGACGUCAACCCUAGGUCUGAUUUCACCUUCUAGUAGAACUCAGGUUACUCCUCAAAACCAGCAAAUGGAUUCUGCGUCACCUUUGUCAAUAAGUCCAGCCAAUUCUACACAGUCACCCCCCAUGCCAAUUUAUAACUCAACUCAUGUUGCCUCUGUUGUUAAUCAAAGCGUAGAACAAAUGUGCAAUCUUCUUCUGAAAGAUCAGAAGCCAAAAAAACAAGGAAAAUAUAUUUGUGAGUAUUGCAAUAGAGCAUGUGCAAAGCCCAGCGUGCUUUUAAAGCAUAUCCGCUCCCACACUGGAGAGCGACCCUACCCCUGUGUGACUUGUGGAUUUUCAUUUAAGACUAAAAGUAAUCUUUAUAAGCACAAAAAAUCCCACGCACAUACUAUCAAACUGGGUCUCGUCUUGCAACCAGAUGCUGGUGGCUUGUUCUUGUCCCAUGAGUCCCCCAAAGCACUUAGCAUCCAUUCAGAUGCAGAAGACAGUGGGGACAGCGAGGAGGAGGGUGCCAGUGAUGAGAGACAGAACCACCCGGGUGCCAUGGAGCUGCAGCCCGUGCACAUAAUGAAGGGGAUGUCAAGUGUUGAAACUUUACCAAAAUCUAGUCCCAUUCCAAGCAAUCCAGAUCAUGUAGUAGGUGACUUUUCACUACAGGACAAGUCUUCAGACUCCCAGGCGGUGACAGAGUUACCUAAAGUGGUGGUCCAUCCUGUCAGCCUGUCUCCCUUAAGAACUAACAGUCCAAAGGUUGUCGAUUCCAAGCCUGAACUUCCAAGUGCACAAAAACAGAAAGACCUUCAGGUAACAAAUAUACUGUCACUUUCAGCCAGUGUGUCCCCGCUGGAGACGGAAGAGAAGUCUUACCAGAAGGAGGACACGAGCCAGCUGGACGGAAAGCAAGACUGUCACGUGGGCACAGCGCACGCCCAACUACAAAGGCAGCAGGCUACGGAUUACUCCCAAGAGCAGCAAGGAAAACUGCUCCUGAGUCCUCGAAGCUUAGGAAGUACAGAUUCUGGUUACUUUUCACGUUCUGAAAGUGCCGAUCAAACAGUGAGUCCACCAACGCCCUUUGCCAGGACAUUGCCCUCCACGGAGCAAGACUCGAUGAAGAAUAAUGGGCCCUCUGCGCCUCGUAGCAAUACGGCAGCACCGGCCGCUUCACCGACAGGGGAAAAGGCGUUGGUUUUACCAGGUCAGAUGCGCCCACCCUUGGCCACAAAAACCCUUGAGGAACGGAUAUCGAAGCUCAUCUCAGACAAUGAAGCCUUGGUAGAUGACAAGCAACUGGACAGUGUAAAGCCACGGAGAACCUCUCUCUCAAGACGUGGAAGUAUCGAUUCCCCCAAGUCGUACAUAUUUAAAGAUUCUUUCCAGUUUGAUUUAAAACCAGUGGGACGGAGAACAAGUUCAAGUUCUGAUAUACCAAAGUCCCCCUUCACCCCUACUGAGAAAUCAAAACAAGUGUUUCUUCUGUCCGUACCUUCCCUUGACUGUUUACCUAUUACAAGAAGUAAUUCCAUGCCUACCACAGGUUAUUCAGCGGUCCCUACAAAUAUAAUACCUCCCCCUCAUCCACUGAGAGGAACCCAGUCAUUUGAUGACAAAAUUGUAGCUUUAUAUGAUGAUGUCUUUGUAUCAGGACCUAACACUCCUGUGCCCCAAAGUGGCCAUCCCCGUACACUUGUCAGACAAGCAGCAAUAGAAGACUCUUCAACAAGUGAAAAUCAUGUUCUGGGGACCGGGCAGUCCUUGGAUGAAGGCUAUCAAGGAUGCCAUGCCGCUGGCGAGAGUGCGUCAGCCAGGAGCAAGGCGUUGGCACAGGGCCCACAUUUAGAAAAAAAGAAGUCCCAUCAAGGGCGAGGGACAAUGUUUGAGUGUGAAACUUGUAGAAACAGGUACAGGAAACUGGAAAAUUUCGAAAACCACAAGAAAUUUUACUGUUCAGAGUUACACGGACCAAAGACAAAGGUAGCCAUGAGAGAACCUGAACACAGCCCCAUGCCUGGCGGUACCCAGCCCCAGAUUCUACACUACAGAGUCGCUGGUUCCACGGGUGUCUGGGAACAGACACCCCAGAUAAGAAAAAGGAGGAAAAUGAAGAGCGUUGGAGAUGAUGAUGAACUUCAGCAGAAUGACAGUGGAGCAUCUCCAAAAAGCUCCGAAGGUCUUCAGUUUCACAAUACCCUGGGCUCUACUCCCGGUCUGUCUAAACAUAAUGUCACCAUUACAAGUGACCACCAGCACAGAAAUAUGCAGCUACAAACCUCCCAAAUCCAGCUGGUUGCCAGGGGCCCCAGCCAGACCGUGGAUCCAAAGGUGUCUGCCGUCACAGAGCAACAGAUGAGUUCAGCUGCCCCGGACAAAGCAGAGCUGAAGAGACACGGGACUGGGAUCUCGGUCAUCCAGCACACAAACUCCCUGAGCAGACCCAAUUCAUUCGACAAGCUCGAGCCUUUUGAAAGAGGCUCCCCGAUUUCUUUCCAGGAGCUGAGUAGGACAGGGAAGCCCGAGUCGCUGAAAGUAAUAGGAAUGUCCCAAGAAGAAAGUCACCCUUCUCGCAACGCAUCCCAGCCUCACCAGCUUGCACCGCCAGACGCUCUCAGAGGAGAACUUCAGGAAAGCUCAAGAAAGAUUUCCAGCGACCGGCACGUGUUAGGGCAGCCCUCAAGGCUUGUCCGGCAGCACAACAUCCAAGUCCCUGAGAUUCUGGUCACGGAAGAACCAGAUCGGGACCUGGAAGGGCAUGAUCAGGAAAGAUCGGAGAAGUUCAGUUGGCCUCAGCGUAGUGAAACCUUGUCAAAAUUGCCAACGGAGAAACUGCCUCCCAAAAAGAAGAGGCUGCGGCUGGCCGAGAUCGAGCAUUCCUCCACCGAGUCGAGCUUUGAGUCCACUCUCUCCAGGAGCCUCAGCAGGGAGAGCAGCUUAUCACACACUUCGAGUUUCUCAGCCUCGCUAGACAUAGAGGACAGUUCUAAAACUGAGGCUUCCCCCAAAAUUGAUUUUCUAAAUAAAGCCGAGUUCCUUGUGAUUCCAGCUGGUUCAAAUACACUGAAUGUUCCUGGAAGUCACCGGGAGAUGAGGCGUGCUGCCUCAGAACAGAUUAAUUGCACGCAGACCUCGAUGGAGGUGUCUGAUUUCAGGAGUAAAUCAUUCGACUGUGGAAGCAUAACCCCGCCCCAGACGACACCACUUCUUGAAUUGCAGCCUCCCACUUCCCCUUCUGGCAUGGGAGUCGCUGGGCAUGUGCCUCUCUUAGAAAGAAGGAGAGGCCCAUUGAUGCGGCAGAUAUCUUUAAACAUAGCUGCAGACAGUCAUCUGUCUCCUGUAAACCCAACUUCUUUCCAAAAUAUUGCUCUUCCCAGUGUGAGUGCAGUGCCGUUUCAGGGGCCCCAGCUCACUAAUACAUCUUUACCUGAAUUUCCUGCAAAUACUUUGCACUCCCAGAUUCAAGUUAAGGAUCUACAAGCAGAGAUGUCAAACUCCAGCUCCACUAACCUCUUUCCUGUUCAACAGCUUUGUGGUAUCAAUUUGUUAAAUCACAUCCAUGUACCCCUUAGCCAGCAGAACACGCAUCUGUCUCUGCAAGUGUCUGCACAGGGUGACAAAUCAGGUACAAGUUCUGCUUUAUGUGUGUCUUCGAAAAGUGAGGAUUGCUUUGCUCCCAAGUAUCAACUGCAGUGUCAGGUUUUCACUUCAAGCCAGUCUUGCUCUUCGAAACCUGUACAUUCUUUGCCAAAUCAAGUUGCUUCAGAUCCAGUUGCAGCAGAUUGUUGCACGACAUCAGCAGCAUUACCAACGAAACUAGUAGAUACCAUGUCAACUUCAUGUCCUCUGCCACCGCUGGAGCUUGGGUCCCUUGGGGUUCCGGUGCAAAAAGUGCCGUCAUCAUUUAUGCUGCCCGUGUGCCUGCAAAGGAAUGUGCCUGCUUACUGUUUUGCCACAUUCACGUCCCUGCCACAAAUCCUAGUGACCCAAGAUCUAUCCAAUCAGCCAAUUUGCCAGGCUAAUCGUAGUAUAGUGCCAAUCAGUGAAGAACAAAAUCCUGUGCCAGAAUCACGAAAAGAUCAUCAGAAUGCUUUGCCAAACCCAGAGAAAGAACCUGUUUGUGAAAAUGUCCUUUCAGAAAUGGGCCAAAAUUCUUCUCUGUCCGAAUCCUUGCCCAUAUCUCAGAAAAUGUCUAUUGGUAGACUUUCCCCCCAGCAAGAAUCUUCAGCUUCGAGUAAAAGGAUGCUUUCCCCAGCAAAUAGCUUAGACAUUGCCAUGGAAAAGCACCAGAAGCGGGCCAAAGAUGAAAAUGGAGCUGUCUGCGCAACAGAUAGUAGACUGGUAGAGCCACUGAGUUCAAGAGCUAAUGAAGCUAAUAAACAGAAGAAACCUGUUUUAGUGAGGCAGGUUUGUACUACAGAGCCCCUGGAAGGUGUGAUAUUGGAACAGGAUAUUUUUUCUCAGCCUGAAAUUAGUAGUGAGUCUGUUAAUUUGGCAGAUGUUUUACCGGCAGAUAAUCCAUCAUCAGGACACUCCAAGUUUGUAAUGGUGGAAUCCAUAAAUGAAUUGCAAGAAUUUGAAAACACUGAGUCAUCCACAUCCUUAACUCUUACAGUUCGAAAUUCACCUGCCCCUUCAGAAAAUACUCACAUUUCUCCUCUGAAAUGUAUAGACAAUAACCAGGAAGGGAAGUCUCCAGGGGCUAAGAAUCAGGGUGACAAAGUGAACAUCCAAGAGCAAAGUCAACCACCAACCACUACCGUUCCAUUGUUUAAUGUCAGGGACACACAGCAGGUGGCUUUCCCCAGCCUGAAGACUGCGACCAGCUUUACAUGGUGUUAUCUCUUAAGACAGAAGUCAUUGCAUUUGCCUCAGAAGGACCAGAAAACUUCGGCCUAUACCAAUUGGAUAGUAAGCUCCAGUAAUCCAAAUCCACUUGGUUUGCCCACAAAAGUUGCUCUUUCUCUCCUGAAUUCAAAGCAGAAUACUAGAAAAUCACUAUAUUGUCAAGCAAUAACUACCCAUUCGAAAUCAGAUCUAUUGGUCUACUCAAGCAAGUGGAAAAACAGCUUAAGCAAGAGAGCAUUAGGUAAUCAAAAGUCCACAGUAGUUGAAUUCAGCAAUAAAGAUGCCUCUGAAAUUAACAGUGAGCAAGAUAAAGAAAAUUCCUUAAUCAAAAGUGAACCAAGAAGAAUUAAAAUAUUUGAUGGAGGAUAUAAAUCAAAUGAAGAGUAUGUAUAUGUCCGAGGCAGGGGAAGAGGAAAGUACAUUUGUGAAGAAUGUGGAAUACGUUGUAAGAAACCUAGCAUGUUAAAGAAACACAUACGAACCCAUACAGAUGUCCGCCCCUACCACUGCACUUACUGUAACUUCUCCUUUAAGACUAAAGGAAAUCUGACAAAACACAUGAAGUCCAAGGCACAUAGCAAGAAAUGUGUGGAUUUAGGCGUCUCAGUAGGUUUAAUAGAUGAACAAGAUACAGAAGAAUCAGAUGAAAAACAAAGAUUCGGUUAUGAGCGGUCUGGAUAUGAUCUUGAAGAAUCUGAUGGCCCCGACGAGGACGAUAAUGAAAAUGAAGACGAUGAUGAAGACAGCCAGACGGAAUCAGUCCUGUCAGCCGCACCCUCAGUCACAGCCAGCCCGCAGCACCUUCCGUCCAGAGGUGGCCUCCAGGACCCUGUGGGUGCUGAUGAGGACAUUAGGAUUAGCGAUUGCUUUUCCGGGGCACAUCCCGACCCGAUGGACGUUCUGCCGAGAGCCUUGCUCACCAAGAUGACAGUCCUGAGCACGGUGCAGUCUGACUGCAGCAGGAAGGCAGACUCGCCGGGCAAGGCCAGGCCACACGCCACCAGGGAUGAGGAGGAGGUGAUUCCUCCUGCAGACUCUUCCGGGUCACCAGAAGCUGCGCCCAGAUCCCCAUGUCAUCAGAUGUCUGUGGACUACCCUGAAUCAGAGGAGGUUCUGAGAAGUUCUGUGGCAGGAAAGGCUAUUGCUUUAACACAGAGCUGGUCACCCACAGGACUUGCUCCUGCCGCCGCCAAGCGCAGCCCUCAGACGGCAGCGGGGACGCCUUCGGUGGCCUCGCCUCACCGCCACCCUCAGGAACAGAAGCCGCAGACAGCUCUGCAGCCGACCCCGGGCUCGCCCUCGCCGCAGACGCAUCUGUUCAGCCACCUGCCUUUGCAUUCCCAGCAGCAAUCGAGGACACCUUAUAACAUGGUUCCAGUUGGGGGAAUCCACGUGGUACCCGCCGGCCUCACCUACUCCACGUUUGUGCCCCUUCAGGCUGGGCCCGUGCAGCUUACGAUCCCGGCUGUCAGUGUCGUCCAAAGAACCACGGGCGCUCCCGGGGACACGGCCACAGGGGUGUCUGGCACUACAAACCCCGCUGGAGUGGCUGAAUUAAGCAGCGUUGUGCCAUGUAUUCCCAUUGGCCAAAUCCGUGUGCCCGGCCUUCAGAACCUCAGUACGCCGGGCUUGCGGCCCCUUCCGUCGUUAAGCAUGGAAGCGGUCAAGAUCGUCGGCCUCGCCAACGCGAACGGGGCCCCGCCGGUGCACCCCCCGGGACUGGCGCUCAGCGCCGUGGGCCUGCAGGUCCUGACUGCGAACCCUCCCCCCCAAAGCAGCCCCGGCCCCCCGGCCCACCUUCCAGGCCUCCAGAUCCUGAACAUAGCGCUGCCCGCUUUGAUCCCCCCGGCCGGCCAGGUUACCGUCGAUGCGCAGGGAGCCCCCGAAAUACCUGCCUCACACAGCCAAGCGUGCGAGACACAGCCCGCGCAGACUUCUGCGGCCGACGCCAACCCGGUCGGCAGGACCGAGUCUCCUCAGGGGUCACCGAAGGUCCAGCGGGAAAAUGCAAAAAAGGUUCUGGAUCCACCUGCCCCUGCAGGUGACCACGCCGGGCUGGAUGGCUCAAGCAGAAUGGACACAGAGAAGGCAGCCUCGGCGAAUCAUGUGAAGCCCAAGCCCGAACUCGCCUGCGUGCAGGGCCAGCUGGCGUCGGUGGCAGAACCGCUGCUGAAGGCACAUUCGGAAGGUGUCACCAGGCCGCCAGGCCGGCAGAGCCUCUCUCCGGACAGGCAGGUGCUCAGGCCCACAGCGCUGCCCCGAAGGCAGCGCCCCGUGCAGUUCAGCGACGUGAGCAGCGAUGAUGAUGAGGACAGGCUCGUGAUAGCAACCUAGUGGGGUUUAUUUUUUAUUGUUUCUUUUUUUAAUAACACUUAAAGGUUUCUUUGAAAACCCUCCUUUCCUUAAAGCACAUUUUUCUGACAUAAACUCAUGACUAAUCUUUGUGCAAUCAUGAACUUUUGACCAAUAAUUGUUGUUUUGUGUCAGCUCCAGCCAUUUUUGUACAUGUUGUAUAGACAAUUGUGCCUUUUAGGAGUUUUAUGUUUAGAAACUGUACAAAUUGUUGAAUAUCUAUAUACAUAAAAAAUAUAUUAUAUAUGUAUAUGAAAACCAGGUAGUUAUUUGUGUUUUAGUAAGGAAAACCUGUCAAAUAAAUCAAAUGAUUAAAUUAUAUGUUGCACUGUUCAAUAUAAAUUUUAUGGCUGUGGGGCAGAGUUUCUGUGUGUAAAUUAGUAUGUAAACUUCAUAUUUAUUGUAUUCAUAUUAGUCUUUGAAAAUAGGUCUGUUCUCCUCCUUGUGUAAGGCUGUAACUUUACACUUCAGACAGAUUUUUCUGUGUUAUGAAAUGUUUCAGUAAAAUAUUGUUUACUGACUUUA